AUGGACUGGACGCGCUUUCAAGGCAACAAUCCGACAGAGACGGCUGUUCUUGCCGUCUCCGUCGCCUCUGCCGUGCUCUAUCUCCUCCACGUCCGCGCCGUCCCGAGCAAGACGCGCAUGACCUACAAGACGCUCUCGACCUUGCUGCUCGCCUGCUUCGCCGCGCUGCGCACCGGCCGCCUCACCUCGCCGCUCGUUGCCGCCCUUGCACUCGGCUCCCUGGGCGACGCCUUCUUGGCCUGGCCCGGCGAGGCCAACUUUCUCUGCGGCCUGGCCAGCUUCCUCGUCGCGCACCUGUUUUACGUGGCGCUGUUUGCGGGGCUCGGCAGCGGCAGCGGCGGCGGCGUCGGCGUGCGAAUCAUCAUUGGGCAAGAUGGUGAUGCCUGGCGGAAGGGCGUCGCGGGUGGCAUGCUGCUGCUGGCGCCGGGCAUGGCGGCGGUGCUGAUGCCGCGGGUGGCGGGCGCGUUGCGGGCGCCCAUUCUCGUCUACACGGCGACGAUCCUGACCAUGGUGCUGGCGGUGCUCACAGUGCACAGCGGGACCAUUGUUCUAGGCGGGGUGCUGUUUGCGCUGUCGGACUCGAUACUGGCGACGGAGGAGUUUGUGGUGGCGCGGGAGUCGGGCCACCGGCCGUGGAUGCAGCACGCGGUUUGGAUCUUGUAUUACUCGGGCCAGUUUCUGAUUGCAGCUGGAUUUUGA